AUGGCUGAUCGUGGAGACGAUUCCGUUGUCUACUCAAGAGUCCAAGGGCGGCCAUUCCUGUAUCCAUGGAACCGCCACAUGCGCCAUCUGCAUGGAAUAUCCUUGCGCAAUCUCUAUGUAACCUCGAGCAGUCCUAAACGACAGGGCAAGACGACUACCGACGACGACGCUCCGUACAAUCUCGUCAGCCCAGCAAAGCGCGCUCUGCACGAAGAGUCAAACCCAUCGCAUCUAACCCACUCGCGUUCAUUCACGAACCUUCCCGCUGCCAUCGACGAUGCUGGGUUUGCCGGUGGUCCACAGAGAGCUGUCACUUCCUUCGAGAGAAAUGAGAAGGGACACACCAGGCCCGGCGGGGCGAGACUUCGCAGGAGAAGUACUCUACAUUGGGCUACGACCAGUCCCCGAGUACGUCAGUCGAGGCUGGAAGAUAUGGUCGUCAAGCGCCUUGCCGAUACGUGGGUUUCGGUACAUUGUGCAGGCAUUUCCGAACCUGUCUAUAUCAGUGAGGUCGUAGAAAAGUCCAUGAAUCCGAGCUUUGCGUUCUUCGACUUAGAGAACAGUGGGCCGGAAAUAUCAAGAUCAGACGAGUGUACCAUCCGAGUGUGGGCACGGCCAUCGAAGACAGAAGACUACUCCCUGCUUGUUGAACUGGACUUGAACCUACGAUCAUUGCAAUUCAUUGGACGAAACCUGGAGAAUUUCCACCACCCCUUGCCUCAAAAUUGCAUCUUGCUGCACUUAUCUGAUGGGAUCUACACCAGUUUCACAGACUUGCCCGCCGAGCGGCAUCCUACGAUCGAACAUUCAAUUGAUCAUAGAGCCGGGAGUAGCAAGCCGGGCUCCACGUUCGACGCCCUGAUGCAGCUUGCCAACCUGGAUGAGUGCAUUCAGGAUGCCAUCAAAGUGCGCUCGCAGCUAGAGGAGGAUAUCAACAACAUCCUUGCCAAGGCACACGUCCUCACAGUCGAGGCGGAAGCAGAACCUGAGAUCGAUGACGAGAACCCUCUGGCAAAGGCGGCCUUGGCUGCAGAACAAAGACAGCUCAGACAACUGAAGAAAAGGCGAGACGAACUACAGGAAUCUUUGGAGAACCAGAGACACGCUCUGGGCGUGGGGCGCGAAGCUGAAACCGAAUCCAGAAGGCUGGUGCAGGAAAGAGCAAAAGAAUCCAGGGAGCUUGAAGCUCAACUCAAACAGAUUGGAACAGAAUCUAGCGGUCAGGUUAGACGAAUAUGCGAGUCUCUUCUCGUUAUAUUUCCCAUUGAACCACUCAAGGAUCGAACCCUUCAGUUCACUAUUCGUGGCAUUUACCUCCCCAAUUCAGUCUACAACGACACAAACCGGGAUGAGAUUGCUGCAGCGCUUGGAUUCACUGCUCAGCUGGUGCAUCAGCUGGCGCUCUACCUGUCGAUACCCUUACCCUAUCCAAUUGAGCCAUAUGGAUCAGCAUCUUACAUCACUGAUCCGAUAUCCAUCGGGCUCAGCCAACGAAGAUACCCACUGCAUCCAACGACCGUCCCUUACAAGUUUGACUAUGGGGUCUUUUUAUUGAACAAGGAUAUUGAGUUUCUGAUGAACCGACAAAGUUUGAGGGUUCUUGAUAUUCGGCACACUCUUCCGAACCUCAAGUAUCUCCUCUAUGUGUUGACCGCAGGCACAGGCGAGAUGCCCUCGCGGAAAGCUGGUGGUGUCAGAGGAUUGAUGGGAGGUCGCACCACACCAGACAUACUACGACGAGCCAGCGAAGACAGUGUCCGGAGUCUGCCGCCACCGCUAAAGCAUGAGUCCGACGACAUGAGGACUCUUGUCGGCAGCAGAGAAAAGGAUACUGAUCCUUUUGUGACGGCAUCCCCGGCCGUAGGUCUUCCAUAUCGACAAGGUUUCUCGGGGACAAGGAAUAGGUGA